AUGGAUACAGCAAGGAAAAUAUGCUACCCGGUUAUUGCAGCCAUCGGCGUCCCUGUUAACCUAGUGGCGAUCGUGGUACUCAGCCGAGGAAAGUGUGGUCUCUCCAAAGGCAUCACUCGGUAUCUGGUGGCGAUGGCCGUGGCCGAUCUUGCGGUGGUGAUUAUCGAAGUCGGGUACUUUCAGAUCGUCGAGGCGUACCGAGCGUACUGGCUGUUGCUUCCCCCUCCGUUCUGUUUAGUCCACUACGUCUUCUGUUACGUGGCAUUAGAUUGUUCCGUGUGGCUGACUGUGGCGUUCACUUUCGAUCGGUUUGUAGCCAUUUGCUGGUUUAAGAUUCAGGCAAAGUACUGUAACCCAAGAAUUGCCGGAUUGGUUAUUGGCACAACGUGCGUCUUGUUAUGCUUAAAGAACGUCCCUUAUUACUUCCUGCAUCGGGAGGCUGGAAUUAGACUUUUUGACGGGAAAUGGUGGACGUGCCCGUCCAAGGGACUUCUUCACAUGGAGCCUGGGUUCGAGUUGUUUUACUGGAUGGACCGUCUGUUAAAUCCGCUACUUCCUUUCUUUCUCAUUUUGUUACUGAACAUCCUGACCGUCAGACGGAUCCUGGCCUCCAGCCGAGUCCGCAGGGGACUCCGGGGACAGAGAACUGGCGAAAAGCAGCAGGAUCCGGAGAUGAAGAGCCGGAGACAGUCCAUCGUUCUGCUCUUCACCCUGUCGGCGAGUUUCCUCCUGUGCUGGUCGACAACCACGCUUGUCUUCAUUUUGCUGCGGUGCCUCUACACGGACCUGGAAACGUCCAUUCGGCUUUUCAUGGCGCAACGGGCGGGAGCUGUGAUUCAGCUUUUUAGCUGCUGCACAAACACCUUCAUAUACGGCGUGACCCAAUCGAAAUUCAGAGAGCAGCUGACGAUUGCCGCGCUCUAUCCCAGUAUACCGAAAAUUGACGUGGGUGGUUACUGGAUAUCAUUUGUGUACCUAAGUUCUGACACAGACAAGUUGUUCGACGAAAACAGCAGGACAGAUAUCUCCAUCGUCAGCAAUAAAAAGCGGACGUUUCGGGCCGAGGCUUCACUGCUUGCCCCCCUAUUUCAGGACCCGGUGAACCGCGGGGAGGGGUAA